AUGUGUGGGAUGCUCUGGAUCGCCGUGUAUGACAGCGUGUUCCAGUUCCUGCCAAUAUCCAGGAACUUCGCACAGCUAUUGAAUAACGAAUGGUACAACCUUCCACAGGACACAAUCAACAGCCUGAUGAACUCUAUCAAAUCAAAUGUUAUCUGUCACAUGCCCGAAUGCAACAGGUAUGAGAGUGCUUUGAAAUCGGAGCAGAUAGCCAGUGAAUUUACCAUAGAGACAUCUCAUGUUUCGCCUGAUCCCGUUGUUGCUGUUGCUGAUGAUGAUGUCAUUCUACCAUGUUCCCUGUUGAAUUUCACCAAGAGUGCUGGCUUGAUAUUGAAAUGGUCGAUAUCCAACCUGAAAGACCCAACUGGGAAAGACAAGGUUGUCCAUUUUUACCGUGACGGUCGUGAUUCCAAUGUGGAUCAGGAUGAAUCCUACAGGGGAAGGACGUCACUGUUUAAAGAACUGAAGAAUGGCAACGUCUCCUUAAAACUGUCCCAAGUGAAACUCUCUGAUGAAGGCAACUACAUGUGUUACAUUCUAGUUCAGGAACCGAACAGUCUAGUUCAUGAAACCGUCAUUCAACUCAUUGUUGUUGCUGUGUCCAACCCAGUGAUCUCCAUCAAUGGAACCAAAGGCAGUGGGGUGGUCCUGAAGUGUGAGGCUAAAAGCUGGUACCCCAAACCCGAGAUGAACUGGCUGGACAGUGAGAGACAGGUCCUCCUUGCUGGAUCCGCUGAAACACACAGGGAUACAGAGGGCCUCUACAUUGUGAGACGCCAUGUCACCGUGAACAAGAAUGUCACCAACACGUUCACCUGUAGAGUUCAGCUUCAAAAGUUGAAUUUUACGAGGGAGACAGAGUACAAUGUGCCAGAUGAGAUGUUUCCCACAGUUUCCUGGGUGUGGAUUGCUGUUCCUGUUUUUAUAGUUUGUGGACUUGUGGUUGGUUUCAUGUGGAUAAAAUACCAGAAACUGAGAAAAAAGAUAGGUAAGUUAUGGUUGGUAUAACCUAACCUUCAGGGGGCAUUUUUAACAUCAAUCACCACAGAGAGAAAUAUACGACAUUUUCACUCACUCAAUUCAAUUCAGUGGUCUUUAUUGGCAUGGGAAACAUAUGUUUACAUUGCCAAAGCAAG